ACGGAUGCAGUAGCUAGAUGAGUGCUUCCUUAAAUGUUUGUUGAAUUGCAUAAUUAGUUGGUUGCAGAAAUCAGCUCUUUCAGUAGACGUAUUUGAUCUGCGCGUUAUAAAUUGAAAUUAUAAAGUUAAAAUAUAACAAUAAUAUUAAACAGUGAACCUUCUUCUGAACAGAAACGAUGAAGUGGAUAUAUUUUUGUCUCAUUAUAUGGCAGACGUGGAUGACAGUUGGUUCUUGGUGGCCGGGAUAUAUAAUCGGUAUGAAGAAAUGCCGCGAAAACGGUCAGUUUUACUGCAAUGUUUCACGGAGGUGCAUCUCCAAAUCUGAUGUUUGUGACGGAUAUAAUGGCUGUUCUGGAGGGGAAGAUGAAUCCCCUCCUGCCUGCGCCAUGGAUGUAUGCCUUAAAAAAGGCUUUCACGCCUGUAAUGUUUCACAGAGGUGCAUCCGCAAAGAUAAAGUUUGUGACGGAAAUACUGACUGUCCUAGAGGGGAAGAUGAAACUCCCCCUGCUUGCACCAUGGAUGUAUGCCUUAAAAAAGGCUUUCACGCCUGUAAUGUUUCACAGAGGUGCAUCCGCAAAGAUAAAGUUUGUAACGGAAAUACUGACUGUCCUAAAGGGGAAGAUGAAACUCCCCCUGCUUGCACCAUGGAAACAUGUCGUCAUAAAGGCUUCUACUUCUGCAACUGUAACCGGAUGUGCAUCCAUUCGAACUAUGUUUGUGAUGGUAACAAUCACUGUGCUAACGGAGAAGACGAAGUUCCUCUUUUCUGCACUCUCCGAAAGCGCUGUGAAAUGAAAAACAUGACUUUAAGUGAAGGCUGCUUUGGUCGAUGUAAACGCAGAUUCUUUGGCGAGUCUUGCGAGAAAACUUGCAAAAAAUGUUUAAAUGGGAUAUGUAAUAAAACAAAUGGAAUUUGUAAAGACUGUACACGAACGUAUUUAGAAAAUUGUUCACUAAAAUGUGACCAAGGAUGUGCUGAAAGAAAGGGUUCCCCGCAGUGUGACCGACACACUGGCAAAUGCUUGAAUGGCUGUAAUCAAAAUAGAUACGGAUAUUAUUGCAACGCAACUUGCGGUCACUGCAAUAGUUCCUCCAAUCCUCCAUGCAAUAUUAACGGUGAAUGUCUGCUUGGAUGUGAGAACGGUUAUUGGGGCAAGAAGUGCAACACUAAAUGCAGUGCCAAUUGCCAAGGUGACGAACAUGGAAACCGAUGUAAUUCAUCCACCGGCGAAUGUAUAAACGGCUGUACUAAUGGGUGGAGUGAUAUAUUCUGUUUGGCUUCUUUAGAUGUCAGCAGUUUCCAAACAACGACAACUAUAUCAGACGAGAAAGAGAACGACGCCACGUCAAAUACAACUUUGAUAGUGAUAUCAGCUAUGUUCACUGUGUCUCUGCUUGUUGUCGGAAUUACCUGCUAUUUAUGGAUUCGAAAAAGGUCUAACAGUCAGCAGAAUGAAAGCAUACAACCGCGCCGAGUAUUUCGAGCUGUUGUUCCACCAGGCCAACAACCCUCCAGGUCUCGAAGACGGGAGAGCUCUCACGUGUACGCCGAUGUUAAUGAAGAAACCAUGGAUCAUUAUCAUUACAUCUGUGAGCAAAACCCACCAGAUCACUAUGAUAAAAUCAAAGAUCGGCCGCCUUGCAUUUGUCGUCAAUGCGUUCGAGAGAGAGUGCUCCCUUUUCUGAACAGGCUGUCAUCUGACUCGUCAGAUACGACAGAUGUUGAACCCUAUGCUACAGGCGGCGGGAGCAUACGGAGUAAACAAAGCAUUCAUAGCUACGUAAGCCAUAGUGAAUUAAAUCCCCGACGGAGCGUCGUACAAUAUGACAGCGAAAGAGGAAUAGUGCGUCCGAAAGAAGACUUAAUGGUCGACAGUAAUUCCCGACGGAGCGUCACAAAAUCUGAAGGCAAUAAUGAACUUGGUAGUACGGACGACAAAAAUCCCAGACGGAGAGUUACAAAAUCAGAGGGCAACAUUGAACUUGAGUGUACGCAUGAAUAUUUGGACCUUGAAGCACUUUAUCAAACAGCCAAGGCGGAAGACCGGCGAAAGCUAGCCGCUAAAUAUUUCGACGAGGGUGAAGAGGUGUUUGGUGUUUUAGGACAAAUUGAAUUGCAUGAUAUUCAUGCAAAUGAGAGGGAAGAAUGUGAACCGCUUAAUGAUGAAUCUGAACAUCAAAUUGAUGAACAAACAAUUGAUUCUUCUUUUUAGUCGACGAAAACAUUUGUGCAAAUGACAAAUAUUUGAAAAAAUAUGUCUACACGCUCAUUUAAGAUAACAUGUAUGUUGCCUUUGUCGGAUAAUAAUGCAAUGUGUACAGUUAAACUGUCAUUUUGGUUAUAGUGAUACAGGGGUAAAGGUUUCCGCCUCUCACCCAAGAGGUUGUGGAUUCGAUCCCCAUUAGUGGUACGUUUUCAUGGCCUUUCAAACAGAAACUCAGACUGUUAGUGGUUCAUAUCAGAUUUCAGAUUUCAUCGCAAUCGAACUUGAAUCAGUACAACUUAUUUAAUUUGCCAAUGAAGUAGAUUUUGUGAGAGCCGAGAUUUAUAUAUCUUCCUCGGUGGCCAGUGGUAGAUGCUUUUCUCAAAUCUAGAGUCAAGGAAAAAGAAAUAUUUUAAGUUAUUGCUGGAUUUUUGUUACUUUUGCACCGAUCUACGUAAAAAUAAAGAUCUACACAUUUCAAUUUAAGAAUGUCAAAAAUAAAUUUAGAUCCGGAAAAUACAUACUUAAAAUCGAUAAAAAAUAGUAGAAAUGUAUAGUUGAAAACCACAAUUCGCAGAUUGGCACUCGAAAUAGUUUGUACUAUUCUGAAGUUGUUUUAAAAAUUAAGUUCAGUAUAUUAAAAGUGUAUAAUAACUUGAAUUAUGGUGUAUAUCUACUUUAUUCAAUUCAAUUCUAUUAAUCAGGCGAAUUAGAAGGAAUUGCAAAUGAGACAGGGUAAAAGUACCCAACAUUAUUGUAUUCAUGGCGAGUUUAUAUGUAUAAUUAACCAGGCAAUUAGAUAUAUUGUAAUGUUUUUGCUUAAGAAGUUUCGAACAAAUGAUAAUUAGUACAAUAAGAUUAUUCUUGCAAAUGUUAAGUAGAGACUAAAUAAUAAGUUUAUCUCAAUCUAGAUUAGAAGAUUUGAAGACUCAAAUAGAGAAAAAAAUUUAUAUGAAUAUAGCAUGUCUUAGAUUUAACCUUAUUUAAUCUCAUUUAAUAUGAAAAGGCUCAGGGUAACGUUUGUAUGCAAAUAGACUUAAGAUGAACGAAGUCCAUCCCUAUAACGUUUGAGCAGAGAAAAUGUUAUAUAUGUCAAGUCAUAGAAGACGAAUAUCGUUUUUCUCUAGAAUGUAGUUGGCAUCUGAUAUUUUAUAUGUAGAUAUUUUGUUUUCUAUACGUAGACCAAAUAUGCCAAAUUUUAUACAAAUAGUUAUUUUUGAUAAUAAAUUGGUUAGAAAUUUAAGUGUCGAUGUUUACUAUGUAUUUUUAGUAAAAAUCAGUUAACAUAUUUACGUCUUAAACCAGCACUGAGUUCAGUUAACGCUAACGGGCGCUCACGUAAGCUAACUGUGUUGUUUAAAGCCCUGUUCGCACCGCAGAGCAUACACUGCAAGCAGGGAACCUAAUAUCAAACGUUAGCAGCUAAAUACCUUUAGUUAGCCAUAACUUUACUCAAGUAUUCUUUGUUUUUAUGUACUUUGCUUAUCAUCUUAAUUUGCAUGUUUAUUUUUUAUAAUUUCAUAUUACAAUAUGUUUAGUUACCUGCUAUAUUUAUGAAUAUGAUUAAUUUUUAUCAUGCAGAUACUUUAAAAGAUAUUCGAUGUUGUACAUAUGUAAAUGAUUGAUUUUAAGUGUACAGUUACAUUUAUCCGUCAGAUAUACAGCCGAACCCCCUCUGGCUCGAACUCCCAGGGACUGGCAAAAAAUCCUCGAGACUCGGAAAUUUCGAGCCUCGGGAGUGGUUACCUUCAGUAUAAAGAAAUCGGUCCUUUACAUCGAGUUUGAGCCAAAGAUGAAUUCGAGCCAAGCGAGUAAGACCCGACGGGGUUCGACUGUAUUUUCAUUUAUAAAUAUAUGAUACAUUGUUGUGUAGUUACUCUUACCUAAAGCAAAAGAAAUUCGAUUUUAAACAUUGACAAAAUUCUAUUAUUAUUAAAGGUGAUAUUGAACCGACUUUAUUUCGAUAACAUAAAUAUAACAGCUUUAAUCUUACUAGUUUGAUUCAGGUAAGGCCAAUAUUCAGUAAGAAUAUUUUUGCAAAUAAUUCAGAUGUUAAGUAUUUUUUCCAAGGCUUCCUUCAUUUUGUAUAUGUGGUUUAAUGUAGGAACUUUAGGAUUUAUGUAAUCAUCACUAUUAUUAUUGUAAGUUGGUGAAGCUUUCGUGUAAAUAUAUCAAUUCAAGAAAACAAAUAAGCACAGAACAAACUAAUAUCUUCAUAAACAAAAACUUAGAUUGUCUGAUAUUUAACUAAAAUACCAUUAAUUAUUGAAUAUAGAUGGUGACAUCACAUCCGGUUAGAAGACGUCAUAAUUGUGGAGUGAGUUUAUGAGACGUCAUUUUGUAUUUAAAAACAGAAAGUGACGAACAUUUUAAGAAUGUUUUUUCAUAAAAUCAAGGCGAAAUAUCAUGUUUUUUUUCUUAUGAUUAUAAUUGAUAAUGAAAUACUUUGUUCAAAUAAAUUUUUAUAAUAAAAACAAAAUGAGAAAUAAAUGUGUGAAUUGCUGGAAAAUUAUCAAUUUUGUUUUCAAUUAAAUUGUUUUCAAUUACAUGUAGCGACAUUGUUACAUUACACAUGUGUUUUACAGAAAAAUACGAUAUAUUUGACUGGAACCAAGGUAAAGAAUGUGAAAGAAUUUUAUAUUCAGAUAAGAAGUGUCUGAUUUCACGUAACUAUUCGUAUAAUUUGUAUUGUUAAUAUUUAUGGAAGAUAAUAUAUUUCUCCCACCUCAGAUAGGUAGAUCCAAAAUUUAACCAUGCUAAAAAUUCUAAUCUUGCCCACGGGCCAAGAUGAAACAAGACCCCUUAUGGAACUCCUUUUUUAUUGUCAUCACACAAUUACCUCGCUGGUUGAAGACCGUCGUCUGUAGCAAUAUGGAAACCUUGUUUUGUGGUAAUAUUUAGAAUGCUAAUUAAAUAUUUCUCGCUUCAAAUGGCACCAUAAAUAGUGCUUACAUACCAUUCAAGAAAUAAUGAUGCACUCUCCUCAGAAUUAUUUGAAGACCGAUUUGACUAUUAACAUAAUGUCAUUCACUGUGCGCUUAUCCAUGACAUAUCCAUUUCACUACGCAUAAAAAAAAAUCCAAUACAUUUUUUUAACUGAGGUGGGAGAAAAAGCAUCUACCAUAGCCGCUCGUGUAAGAUAGGUUCAUCCCGACCCUCGCGCAGGGUGUUUAACGGAAUACCGGUUAACCACGCUUCUGCAAAACAGCCUACGCUCGGGUCGGGAUGAACCUAUCUUACACUCUCGGCCAUUGAAAAUACUUAUCACAUAUGUAUGUAAUCUAAAUAAUCCACAUUCAUUGCUUAUUGUUUAAUAUGUAUAAACACAUACUAAGUACUUCAUCUGUAAAUACUAUAUCUGAAUGUUAUGUAAAUAAAUCUUGAAUCUCUUGAA